GUACAGUGUUUCGUUUUCUGCGGGGUGGAGUGAGGCUAAGAACUGAAAUCAGGCAUAUUAAUUUCCCCUCCCGCAUCUUCCCUCGCUAUUUUUUACCAUAUUCCAUUCACCAUCCACCAUGGAUGAAUAAAAAUGAAUCCAGUUCUGAUGGCAAAUUCCAUACUAGAAUAAAUAAUCAUUCUUUUGUUUUCCUUUCUCUUGAAGCAAACAAAGGAAUUAGCUCACUUCAAUUGUUUGGCUCGUUGUUUUGUUUCAGUUGCAACUUCCUUUGUCAACUAGUAACUGUACAUUCCCCUUUUCUUUUUUUUCUUUUCUUGUUAAAGCAUCGAAAUUAAUUUCACUGUUUUUAUCACUUCCACUCGUUCUUGAGAUGUCUGUUUAAAUCCACCUUGCGAAUUCCCAAAAUACCAAUUGCCUUUUCCCGCUCCCGUGACUUUCCUCCCCCUUUCUUCUUCCCGGUUUCUUCGCUUCUUCUCUGGGUUUCCCGCCAAAGUUAAAAGCUAUCAGCGCUGCAGGUUACCAGGGCUAAACAGCCGCACUGUUUCUACUCAAUGGACCAUAGUGACAGGACUAUGUUAGGUGACAAAGCAUUACAAUCUCUUGGUGGUGAGAAACCACAUAUAUGGUCAUCUCUUGAAGGUGGACCUCCAAUUGAUAUAGGAAAACAAAUUUUCUGCAACAGAUCAUUGAAUAUGAGGAAUAUUGUUGCUAUUGGAUUUGAUAUGGAUUAUACCCUAGCACAAUACAAGCCUGAGACGUUUGAGUCCCUUGCAUAUGAAGGCACAGUAAGAAAAUUGGUGUAUGAUUUGGGCUAUCCUCAAGAGUUACUAGAGUGGACUUUUGAUUGGAAAUACAUGGUUAGAGGUUUGGUUCUUGACAAAAAGAGAGGCAACAUUUUAAAGAUGGAUCGACAUAAAUAUGUGAAAGUAGCAUACCAUGGAUUCAGAGAGUUGUCCAAGGAAGAUAAAGUUGGCACCUACGGAAAUACAUUCAUACGGGAUUCCUUUGAUGAGCCAGAUUAUGCCCUUAUUGAUACACUAUUUUCACUAGCUGAAGCGUACUUGUUUGCUCAACUUGUUGAUUUGAGGGACAAUAAUCCUGGAAAAGUUCCAGAGGGUGCUGAUUACCCUCGCAUGUACAAAGAUGUACGGGCUGCAGUUGAUUUGUGCCAUCGGGAUGGAACCUUAAAGCAAGUGGUUGCAAAGGAUCCUAAAAGGUAUAUCAAUGAGGACACUUCUAUAGUACCUAUGCUCAAAAUGCUGAGGAAUUCUGGCCGUUUAACUUUCUUGGUGACAAAUAGUUUAUGGGACUACACAAAUAUUGUAAUGAAUUUUCUCUGUGCAUCGCAUAAGUUGGAAGGUGGUAUUACAUGCAAGUUUGAUUGGCUCCAAUAUUUUGAUGUUGUCAUCACUGGCAGCGCAAAACCUGGCUUCUUCCUUGAAGACAAUCGUGCCAAUAUUUUUGAGGUUGAACCUGAGUCUGGAAUGCUCCUCAAUACUGACAAUGGCACUCCUAUGCCUCAGGUGGGAAGUACUUCACCAAAAAUGCUGCCGAAGGGAUUAAACAAAAGAUACCGAGUUUUCCAGGGAGGCAGUGUUGGUCAUCUACAUAAGUUGCUUUCUAUCGAGUCAAGUACACAGGUUCUCUAUGUUGGGGAUCAUAUCUAUGGAGAUAUUUUGCGCAGCAAGAAGGUUCUCGGAUGGAGAACGAUGCUUGUUGUUCCAGAGCUUGAGAGGGAGGUUGAAUUGCUUUGGGAAUUAAGAGAUACGCGAAAGCAACUAAGGUUGUUGAGGAAUGAGCGUGAUCUUGUUGAAGACCGAGUUCAUCAUUUGAAGUGGUCUCUCAAAUUUGAAAGUCUUGGUGAUGAUGAAAAGCAGAAUAUGAUUUCAAGUCUGGGUGAAUUGGAGUCGCGAAGGGAUCAAGUGCGUCUCGCUCAUCAACAGGCUCAAGGAGAUUAUCACCAAAAGUUCCAUAAGAUCUGGGGGCAACUCAUGAAGACUGGCUAUCAGAACUCUCGCUUUGCUCAUCAGGUUGAGAGAUUUGCAUGUCUUUACACUAGCCAGGUCUCUAACUUAAGCUUGUAUUCCCCAGACAAAUGCUAUAGGCCAAGUGAAGAUUUCAUGCCUCACGAAUUUCAUAUUCUUCCCUCUUGAAAAGUGAAAACUGUUCCCUGACCGACAACUGAACGUAGAAGCAAAUAAUUUUUGUUCUGUUCUGGUGCCGCAGAAGUAGUAAAGCCGGAUCCUCGUAUUCAUCUUAACCCCUUAAUCAACGAGAUUCAUUGUACUUAAAUUUCCCCGUUUACAUUCUUACUCAAAAAAAUGCUUCUAGUGAUCGAUACUCGUUUAGUACAUGCUGUGUUCUUUCUUUUUUUCUUCUUAAAAAUAAAGUUUGACAUAAGUAUUAUA